AUGUCCGAAGAAGCUGUCCACGUUAUGCUGGCGUACGAAGACCCCUCCGACCAAAGAUCCCUCUCCCCGGACUACUCAAGCAGCGCCGAGGAAUCACACGAAAAAACCGAACUGCCUCUGGACUCGGCAGACGAUCCCGUACCGUACGUCGGCCAAAGGUUCCCUUCUCAAGAUGCCGCCUACGAAUUUUACAGUGAGUUCGCCAGGCGGUGUGGUUUCUCCAUUAGGCGCCACCGCACGGAAGGCAAGGAUGGUAUCGGAAAAGGCCUAAUGAGACGCUACUUCGUGUGCCACCGUGCCGGCAAUACGCCCGCCAAGGCUCCGAGCGAGAAGAAGGCCCAAAGGAAUAGAAAGUCUUCCCGGUGCGGGUGCCAGGCGUACAUGCGGAUAAGCAAGUCUGCCGAGAUGGGAGUUCCCGAGUGGAGAAUCACAGGCUUCGCGAACCACCACAAUCACGAGCUUCUGGAGAUGCACCAAGUCCGUUUCUUGCCUGCAUACCGGACAAUAUCAGAGUCUGACAAGAACCGAAUUCUCAUGUUCGCCAAGACUGGGAUCUCCGUGCAGCAGAUGAUGAGGCUUCUGGAGCUUGAGAAGUGUGUGGAGCCCGGGUACCUGCCCUUCACCGAGAAGGAUGUGAGGAAUUUGCUUCAGUCUCUUAGGAAGGUAGAGCUGGAGGACGAUGGUGUGGAUUUGCUCAGGAUGUGUAGGAAUAUUAAGGAUAGAGAUCCCAAUUUCAGAUUUGAUUACACGGUAGAUUGCAGUGGGAGGUUGGAGAACAUUGCGUGGUCGUAUGCCUCGUCUGUCCAGUCUUACGAGGUUUUUGGGGAUGCUGUGGUGUUUGACACGACUCACAGGCUGACGGCUUUCGACAUGCCUCUUGGGAUAUGGGUCGGGGUGAACAAUUACGGGAUGCCCUGCUUCUUCGGCUGUGUGCUACUACAUGAGGAGAACCUCAGAUCGUUUUCUUGGGCUCUGAAGGCUUUCUUAGGAUUUAUGAAUGGGAAAUCCCCGCAGACAAUAUUGACGGACCAAAAUAUGUGCCUGAAAGAAGCAAUAGGAAUAGAGAUGCCCGCCACAAAACAUGCACUUUGCAUAUGGCUUAUUGUGGCCAAAUUCCCUUCAUGGUUCAAUGCUGUCCUUGGAGAACGCUACAACGAGUGGAAGGCCGAGUUUUACCGACUAUAUAAUCUGGAGACAAGUGAAGAUUUUGAAUUGGGCUGGCGGGACAUGGUGAACGCCUUUGAUCUGCACACGAACAGGCACAUAGCCAACUUAUACGCCUUACGACCAAUGUGGGCUCUACCAUACUUGAGAAAUCAUUUCUUUGCAGGGAUGACGGCUCCUGGACAGUCCAAGGCCAUCAAUGCUUUUAUUCAACGGUUUUUGAGUGCUCAAACCCGUGUUGCGCAUUUCGUGGAACAA